AUGCCCCCGUGUCCUCCCCAGCAGAGCAGGAACAGGGUGGCACAGCUGCCCACUCCAGAGCUGGGCGAGAUGGAACUGACUUGGCAAGAGAUCAUGUCCAUCACCGAGCUUCAGGGCCUAAAUGCUCCCUGUGAGCCAUCGUUUGAGCCUCCAGCCCCAGCCCCAUACCCUGGGCCCCCACCACUCCCAACUUACUGUCCUUGCUCGGUCCACCCAGAUGCUGGCUUCGCCCUUCCACCACCACCUUAUGAGCUCCCAGGAUCCUCAACCCAUGUCCCAGACCCCCCCUAUUCUUAUGGCAACAUGGCCAUCCCAGUCUCCAAGCCACUGACCCUCUCGGGCCUGCUCAGUGAACCCCUCCCAGACCCCUUGGCCCUCCUGGAUAUCGGGCUGCCAGCGGGGCCACCCAAGCCUCAAGAAGACCCAGAAUCUGACUCAGGAUUAUCCCUCAACUAUAGCGACGCCGAAUCUCUUGAGCUGGAGGGGACAGAGGCUGGUCGGCGGCAUAGCGAGUACGUAGAGAUGUAUCCGGUGGAGUACCCCUACUCACUUAUGCCCAACUCCUUGGCCCACCCCAAUUAUGCCUUGCCACCUGCCGAGACCCCCUUAGCCUUAGAGCCCUCCUCAGGCCCCGUGCGAGCCAAGCCCACUGCACGGGGGGAGGCAGGGAGCCGGGACGAGCGCCGGGCCCUGGCCAUGAAGAUCCCCUUCCCUACGGACAAGAUUGUCAACUUGCCGGUAGACGACUUCAACGAGCUGUUGGCACAGUACCCGCUGACAGAGAGCCAGCUGGCACUGGUCCGGGACAUUCGACGGCGGGGCAAGAACAAGGUGGCUGCCCAGAACUGUCGCAAGAGAAAGCUGGAGACCAUCGUGCAGCUGGAGCGGGAGCUGGAGCGGCUGGGCAGCGAGCGGGAGCGGCUGCUCAGGGCCCGCGGGGAGGCCGACAGGACCCUGGAGGUGAUGCGCCAGCAGCUGGCUGAGCUGUACCUUGACAUUUUCCAGCACCUUCGGGACGAAGCUGGCAACAACUACUCCCCUGAAGAGUAUGUGUUGCAACAGGCCGCCGACGGGGCCAUAUUCCUGGUGCCCCGGGGAAGCAAGACGGAAGCCUCAGACUGA